AUGCUAGCCAGCAAACCCACUACUGUGUCUGUCAAUAGACUGAAGCCAGGAUGGACUUUGGUGAAGACAUCAGGGAAGAAUAUUGUCCCUUUGACUGCAUGUCACAACACAGUCUCCUUUUCCAUCACAGUCAAUGUCAAGCACUACCUUCCAGAAGAUAUCACAGUGUCUCUGCAUGACACAAUGAUCAUGGUAUCUGCCACAUAUGAAAACCAACAGAUCGGCAGCAGCAUGGUGUCACAAUCAUUGUACCACUCAACACCAAUACCACAGUCAGUCGAUACAACUGCAGUGUUAUCUAUGCUAUCUAGGGACAGCAUCCUACACGUGCCAGCCCCAGACCACAACACGGAAAACCAGACACAGGAUAAGCCUACACCACCACCACCACAGGAUCAUGUACAACCACCUGUGGAUGACCUAACGAUGGAACCUCCAGCACCACCUAUUCAGCCAGUACCAAUGUCAUUAACAGGCUGA